AUGGCCGUUUCGCUCUCUAAUCACACUCUCUUAGCUCCUCCUCGCCUCUCUGCUUCUUUCUCUUCAAAACCCUCCAAAACCCUAGAAUUCAAAACCCCAUUACCCCUUCAACCUCUCCACCGCAGACCCCUCCGUCUCUGCAAACCCAUCAAUGCCUUCCUUCUCUCCAAUCCCUCUCCAAUCCCAAUUAACAACAAGAACAGCAUUAAAAGGCGUUCUUUGAAGGUUUAUCUCUUACCUCAAGACUCUGCUCCUACUCCUACUACAAAUGGGAAGGAGGAGAAUAAUUCGAACGAGGAAAAUGGGAAACGAGGACCCAGUUUGAAGAACCUUAUGAAAAUUUACAGGCAGGCUAUUUUUUACGGCGACGAGAAGACUAUAUUGGAUAUUGAGGCUAAGAUAGGCACAAUAGAAAAGGAGAAUGAUGAAUUAGUCCAGAAAGUUUCAUCUUUAUCGGCUGAGAUAACCUCUGGGAAGGAGAAAUAUAUUCGCUUGCAAGCAGAUUUUGAUAACUUUAGGAGAAGGUCGGAGAAAGAAAGGCUUAACAUUAGGAGUGAUGCUCAGGGAGAAGUGAUUGAGAGCCUUCUGCCCAUGGUGGACAGUUUUGAGAGAGCGAAGCAACAAAUACAACCAGAAUCAGAAAAAGAAAAGAAGAUUGAUACAAGUUACCAGGGUAUAUACAAACAAUUUGUGGAGAUUAUGAGGAGCUUGCAGGUGGCUGUUGUGCCAACGGUUGGAAAGCCUUUUGAUCCUUCGCUGCAUGAGGCCAUUGCACGUGAAGAGUCUCAAGAGUACAAAGAGGGCAUUAUAAUUCAAGAAUUCAGGCGUGGAUUUCUCCUUGGAAAUCGGCUAAUAAGACCCGCUAUGGUUACAGUUUCUUCUGGACUUGGUAGUAAGAAAGCUUCAGUGGGUGCCGAGAAACGUGCUGAGCAACCUGCAACAGCUGCUGGAAUGGAUCAAUGA